AUGCCGAUCCUGAUAAGUUAUAUGUACGAUCCUUCAAAGAAAUACGCGGGUUACACGAAGAGGAAUAUCGAGGAUCUAAGAAGCAACUCAGAGUUUCGAGUGUUGACUUGCAUUCACAGAUCCGAAAAUAUUCCAGUAGCAAUCAACCUUCUGGAGGCAAUAUACCCGACCAAAGAAGAGCCGCUCGGCGUCUUUGUACUUCAGCUCAUAGAACUAAUAGGCAGAGCGACCCCUGUUUUCAUAUGCCACCAGUUGCAGAACAAGCCCAAAACCAGGAGCACCUUCAUCGACAACGUUAUCCAUGCUUUCGAGAGCUUUGAGCAAGAGUUCAACGGGGCAUUAGCUGUGAAUGUCUUCUCGGCGGUAUCGCCAGCGGAGAUGAUGAACGACGACAUUUGCAAUUUGGCACUAGAUAAGCUGACCUCCCUUAUAGUGCUCCCAUUUCACCAAAAAUGGUCCUCAGACGGCAACAGCAUCGAGCUAGAUGACAAAUCCAUAAGAGAUUUGAACCUUAGCGUGCUGGACAGAGCACCCUGCUCGGUGGGAAUCUUAAUAGAGAGAGCACAAAUGUCACACGUAUUCUCGCCGGAGACACCCUACUCGGUGUGCUUGAUAUUCAUCGGGGGGAGAGAUGACAGGGAAGCGUUUCAUAUGGCAAAGAGAAUGACGAAGAACCCAAACGUGAGGCUGACAGUGAUAAGAUUCAACGGCGAAGAAGAGAGAAAGGAUAUCAAAGACUGGAACAGGAUGCUGGAGGCAGAGAUACUGGAGGAGGUAAGGGUGAAGCAAAAGAUAGGGGGAGCAAGCGUGAAGUACAGAGAAGAGAGGGUGAAAGAUGGGCCAGAGACGGCACUAAUAGUGAGGUCGUUGGUGUAUGAGUAUGAUCUGAUAAUAGUUGGCAGGAGAGAUGGAAUAGAGAGUCCACAGACUUCAGGACUGUUGCAGUGGAGCGAGUAUCCUGAACUUGGGGUCCUUGGGGAUCUGCUUGCUUAUAUACCUGGUAGAGCUUCUAUCUUUAUCAUUCAGCAGCAAAGAAUGGCUUCCGACUUGUAA